UGUUCCACGUUCCCUAAAGAACUAAAGCCCUUUGAACCCUUCUAUUCACCAAUUACUUUCCUCAAAUUUUACAUGCGAGAAUGCAAUGAAGAACCAUCUUAAUAACUGUAUUUGAUGCGCCAAAUUUUUUUUGGMCAGAGGAGUAGAGCUCCAGCACAGCCAGCAGAAAACCUCGAAUCGAAGAUCGACUAAUAGUACGAAUAAACACCCUGUAAGCGCAACCUUGAACUAUCGCGCCGCCAUGGCAACGGAAAAUGCCAAACAAAAGUUUUCAUUUACUAAUAUUUCCGAAGACUUUAAGAACACAAUGUCUGCUUAUUAAAUGUGGGAACAUAAAAUAGAUAAAUAAUACAUUUUCGGUUAGCAGUUUUGUAGUUGGUAUGUUAAAUCAAUAAUGUCUGAAGUCAGAGGAGCCAAUUGAAUUUAAAGAGCGAUUGAGGCAGCAAGCACUUCRCAUAAAAAAGAAAUCGAGCAGAGGAAACCUAGAACAGGCAAGGAUCUGAGYGGCAAUUGCACGAAAAGCAAAACGCCAACAAAACGAAAAAAGAAGCGCACACGGUCGGUAGGAUGACGACAGCAGUUCCUUUGGCUCCGUUGGCACCGCUGGCAGCGCUCCCCUCAACGCGCAUGUUGUUAGGCACAGCCACCAGUUCAGCUUGUGCGAAUGCCACGACAGCCAUGGCGUCACUUUCAAUACAGCAGACACAUUCGCAGUCUCAGCCGGAGUUGGAGCCACAGCUGCCGCCGACGAUAACAAUAGCCGCACUCGAGUGGCAGUAUUUUCAAGCGGUUUCACUGUUUCGGCGGCGAAAAUAUGAAAAAUGCGUUGAGGUGUGCAAUGCCAUGUUGCGCACUGGCCAUGAAACGAAUGUGCAAAUGUUUACCUCUUCGUCGGAGAGCCACGAGGCCGAUGCACAGUACAGUAGGGGAGUUGGCGGCAGCGGUAGUGGCAGUGGCAGCGGCAGCAUAGUCAGGAACAAUAACCACAGCAACAGCAACAGCAACAACCUGAAUCUCACAAGCGGCUCAAGGCAGGGGCGAAGCCACAACCAAAACUUUAAAAGCAACAACACAAAAUAUGGUAAUACCAAUGGUAAUAAUAAUAAAGUGAGCAUGCCCACGUGGAUGAUGGAGGGCGUAUGGCAAUUAAAAAUGCGCGCGCUUACCCAGCGCGUCUACAUCGACGAUCUGGAGACGGACGAUGCCUUCGAGGGGGAGAAUGAGGAAGUGGAGUUGGAGCGAAUCGCCACAGCCGCCCGGCCAGGUACCUCAAUUAAAACAGCCUUCAUACCACGACCAACUACAAGCACGCUGCGAGCUCGCACCACAGCUACUAAAAGAAAUGACCUACCAAUGAGUGAAGGGAGCCGCACCGCGACCGCGCAGAGCAGUAAGAGCAUGAGACCCAAAUCGGGUAUGGUGCGGCCGGGCACUGCUACCUCUCGACCUGGUUCUUCAAUGGGUAGCCGUACAGCAUCACGAUGUGGUACWGCUUCGCGCAUUCGCGCUUCUUCUGCUGCUGCAUAUACGGUUGGUGAUGUUACCGCGAAAUUGUAUCAAGCUUCACGCCUCAAUCCCACGAUAUACGCCGAACGAGAGGCACUUAUUAAAGCGCUUUUUCAAUUCCUCUACUAUCAUGAAUCGGAUGUUCAAAAAUCAUAUUCACUUUGCGAAGCUGUCAUGGAGGUGCACAAACAAAAGCGAACUUCUGGCUCCACUCGUUCAGGGGCACCAGUCGAUUGGUGGUGGGAUCAGCAAAUAGGCCGGUGUCUGCUUAUAUUACGGUCUCCACGAAAAGCGGAAACAUUUCUCGUGCAAUCAUUGGCAGUAUUUCCGCAUCCCGAUACGUUUUUACUGCUAUCACGAUUAUAUCAACGUCUGGGUGAACCCGAACGUGCACUCGAACUCAUCGGUAUGGCUGUGGACCGACAUCCGUUCAAUGUCACAUUUCGCAUCGAACAAGGGCGUAUUUUUGAUGCUCUAUCCAAACCCGAUAGUGCCAUGCAAAUAUAUCGUCUCAUCACCAAGCUUAAUCCUAUAAAUAUCGAAGCGCUAGCCUCAAUUGCUUUGAAUCACUUUUACGAUGGAAAUCCUGAGAUGGCCCUUAUGUACUACAGGCGAAUUCUAGCUUUGGGAAUUCACUCGGCAGAACUCUAUUGCAAUAUUGCAUUGUGUUGCUUGUAUGGGGGACAAAUCGACCUGGUACUUCCUUGUUUUCAGCGAGCUCUGCUGCUGUCCAAGACUACCAAUGAAAAAGCGGACAUAUGGUAUAACAUGAGUUUUGUCGCAUUGUCAACUGGCGAUUUUCAUUUGGCUCGUCGAUGUCUUCAGCUCUGUCUAACAGCGGAUGCCUGCAGCGGCGCCGCCCUUAAUAACUUGGCUGUACUGGCAGCACACUCUGGCGAUCUGAUGCGCGCCAAAUCGUAUCUCCAGGCAGCAAAGGAAGUGCUGAGAGAGAGUCCGGAAAUCAGCAGUAAUUUAAAAUACAUGCAAGCCCAUUACAAACUCUAACGUAUGWGCGUGAAAACUACAAAAGAUUCAGUAGGGCAGACAGCGCCCUAAUCUAGCAAACAUUGAAGUUGAUAUUAAGUAUGUAUGUACGUAUAUUAUUUAUUUUAGU